GCGGUUCAUUCACACUUCACCAAGCGGCUUCCUUCUGUUCAAUUAGUCUUCAUUGAAGGAGCGUUGUCUCUGACUGAAGGGUGAUGUGGUAGUUCUCACAACAUGAUGAGGAGUUUAUUGCGGUUUUCUGACAGCUCUGAAUAACAACAGACGAGCAAAGACAAUGUAUCAGUGGGAUAGAUAACGUUAGCUUCUCCUUUAGCUAGCCAGUUAGCCAGUGGUUCAGGACAGGCGGUGAUAAGUGAUGCACUCUGCGUGCGCGUGACUGCCAUCAUAUUUAUAUAUUUUUUUAGUAUUAUUUUCUGACAUAUCUGUACCCCUGCUGCUUAAGUCUGAUUGCAAAUAUAUUCCCCCAGAAGCUUGAGCCAUCAUGGCAUAUCCUCCAAGUAAGCGACAUAGAGGAUCACGCAACGAAGACCCGGCCGGGACGGAUGCCUUCGGGGACGACGAAGACUUUACGCAGGACGACUUGGAGGAAAUCGACAUCAUCGCAUCGCAGGCCAUCACAAGAGAUGCUCAAGCCACAAGCAGCAAGAGAAGUUUUGCAUCCAUUGCUUCUGCCUUGUAUCCAGAGCAGAACAAAGCACCUGUAAGAGAAGGCAGGAAAACCUUUGCCAUUGGAAACAGCCAUCCUAGCAGCAGCAGCAUCUCUAACAACAUGGAAGCUAAAAGAAAUGACUCUUCUGGAAACAGCCAAGACCGAGAUGAAGUGUUCUACAGCCGCCUGGAAGCACAGCAAGCAGAGCUAAAGAGAAAGCUGAAGGAGGUAGAGGAGCAGAUCCUGAUGAAGAAUGGUGAAAUCCAGGUUCUGCGAGACUCCCUCAGACUGGCCAAUCAGGAGAAGGAGCAGCAGAGGCAGGCUCACCUCGAGCUGGAGAGAGACAGAGCUCAUAUCCAGAGCGAAAAAGAAAAGGAGCUGUCGAAGAAGGUGGAGUCUUUAAAAUCUGAGUUGCACUUUAAGGAAGCUGAGAUGAAUGAAAUGAGGACUAAACUGCAGAGCUCUGAGCGUGGUGUGAAGGUAGUUGGCACGCCUAUAAGAAACAGUGUGAACUCUCCUGGAAGCCGUGCAUUUGUGACUAAGGAGUCCUUCUCAGCCGAGCUGCCCGUAAAACCGUCAGCUGCUAAAGGCCAGCGUACGGAGGGUGGGAAACAAAACCAGGAGAAAAGUGAUAAAGAGCGUACACACUCAGCUGUGACCCGGGAUGCAGAAGGGAUUCAUCAAAAAGGACCUGUAUUAUUGAAUCUGCUGCUUCAGCAUCCUUUGGAGCCAAGCUCUAUAGGCCUUUGUCACUUGCUGUGCAUCAGUCCAGAUGCUCUACCUGCCAUAUUCACCCAGUCAGACAACACUACUCUCACAUCCUCAGUUGGUACCAGCAGGUCUUCCACAGAUACACGGCUGCUCCAUCAGCCUCGAGCGCACUUCUAUCAGCAUCAGAGUCUGGCUAUGUCAGGACUGGCCAUGUUAACGCACUGUGCUCCCCCUCAGUUCCUCAGAAGGUCCUGCCCCCCUGCUGUCUAUCUCCUUCCUUUACUUCACUACCACAUCAGCCUUUACUGCCAGACCCUCGAGACCAUUGACAGGUCAGGAAAGAGUCCACUUCAAGCAAGUGCACUAUCAGGAGCCUCAGACAGCAGCUCUGCUUCUACAGCCGAGGAGUCUUUAGGUGCUCAAGAGGAGUUUGCCUUGGCGGCUGUAAAAGCUCUUUAUUACAUUGUGUGUGAAAGCCCCGAAGCCGUAAACUCUGUUCUGGACGGCCAGGAAGGAGAGGAUUCAGGAAAGCCUAGUGAAAACCGACCACGUCAGCCUCAGAGCAGCGCUGUAGAGAAUGCCUGUGAUGAACUGCAAUCACACAGUCCUCUGCUCAAGAAGCUCUUCCAGUUGGUGGAUUUAAAGAUUGUUAGUAACGCCAGUCAUAGAGAAGCUGUGGUGAAUUGCAGUCUCAGGACUCUGUGUGCUCUGGCUGAGAGAGCUGAGGAGGGCCAACUGUGGAGAUUGCAGGUGGUGUUGGCAAGUCAGACUGUGACCCAGAACUUGUUCAUGGACUCGCCGUACAGCACCAUUUGGCUCGUUGUAAGAUUCCUGGCGCUUCUGUUGGAUUGUGACAAAAUAGUGAAAAAGCUGUGCUCUCAUAAGUAUGUUUGCCCAUUCGUACGACUUUUCCAGUAUGUGAUCUCCAGAUCGAAUAAAGUCGUUACUGAAGACAUGUGGUCACGUUUGGAAGUUGAGGUUGUCCGAUUGCUGUCCAAGCUGUUCACACAGAAGACGUCAACAUGGGCUUCUCUCAGUGCCGAAUCCAACUGCCCAUGCAGCAGUGAGGUGGUCCGGACAGUGGUGGUGGUCUUACACAGACAGUGGCUGAGUAUCAAAGGUCAGGAGAAGCACAAAGGUGGUGUUCAGACGUGGACGAGUCCUGGUGUUCACUUGCUGAGGGAGACUCUGUUGUUACUGCACUGGCUCCUGCUGAAUGACUCGUCUUUCUCCAUGCACUGUCUGGACGUGUUGCACAUGUACCAUCAGGUCAUCCCAGCCAUCAGAGACACGCUCCGUAGGAUCCCUGACCUCUCGGAGUGUGAAGAACUGGCUAUCGAGGAGAUCUGUCGACCAGAAGCCGAGGAAGUGGAAGAUAUGGAUAUUGACGCAGGUUCUUGACCAGACGUGUAAGGAUUUAGAAAAAAUGACAAGCUUCCAGAUGUUGUCUUUUGUGUGUCUGAUCUUUGUGUUUGUCUCGGAAUCCCUUUCAUAGCUGCUCACCACAAUACUUAAUCAAAUCAAACUGAAAGUGCCUGACUUGUGUUUUUAGUGUUUAAACACCAUUCAGACGUCUCAUCAGAAAAUACCUCAACCUGUUAAUCUGUGAUUCUCAGCCCUUUAUAGCGCCUCAAACUGUACUGACAUAUUUUGUUGUUAUGAUAAUAAAUUAGAAAAAGAAGAAAAAAAAAAGCUAUGACGACCAUUCAAGCACAUAAAUGUUUAAUUUGCUUUGGAAAUUUGGCUGAAUGAAAAUAUUUUACAUGUAACUAAACCCAAAUAUCGGUAAUGGGGGGAGAGAGAGAGAGAGAGAGAGAGAAAAA